UUAAUCAUCUUCUUCCCGCAAUUACCCGGCUGAGCGCUGUUUCAUAGAUGGCCAGAAGACUUUUGAUUUGGACUUUCACUUCCGAUUAUCGAUUAAUUAUAAUUUUUCGUUCCAUUUUUCUCUAUAAUAUUCGAGAAAUUUCGAAGGAAUUGAAGUUCGUUUUCCUCAAGAAACUCGUCAAUCAUUUGACUUCCACAACUUUCUUCUUCCGCCAUUUCUACUGUUUUUGGCGCUUAAGCAGCUCGAUUUGGCAUUGUUUUUUUGUUCUCGCACCUGCAAAAGAAUUGGAGCACGAGAUCGCUACUGUUUUAUUUGACAACAUUGGCUCUUUGCAGGGGCAUAAUGAUAAUGGGGUUCACACUGCAAGAUCCCAUCUAAAAAAAGGCACCUUUGAAGGAUCUCUUGCUUCAAAUGAUCUGAGAAGAGUUGUGAAUGUCAAUAGUCAUCAAGACCAAGAAGCUAUGGAACUGUCGUCAAGGGUAAGAGCACAGGAAGGGGAGAUCCAGCUUCUUCGUCAACAAAUUUCAGUUGCUUGUUUGAAGGAAUUACGACUGUUGAAUGAGAAAUAUGCACUGGAGAGGAAAUUUUCAGAUAUAAGAAUGGCAGUUGAUGAGAAGCAAACUGAAGCUAUUAAUUCUGCCUUCAAUGAGUUGGGAUACAGAAAAGGGGAUCUGGAAGUGAACUUAAAAUUGACUAAUGAAUUGAAGGCUGUGGAUGAUGAGAGAUAUCACUACACGUCAUCAUUGCUUGGGCUUUUGGGAGAGUACGGUAUUUGGCCCCAUGUCAUGAAUGCCUCUGUUAUAACUAACAGUGUGAAGCUUCUUCAUGAUCAGUUGCAGUGGAAGAUCAGAACUUCUUAUGAAAAAAUUGGAGAACAAUCAUCGCUUGCUGAUAAUCAUUUGAAGAGGGGGUUUAAUCCAUACCAAAAAAGAGAGAGUACUGAUUUUAAGUUCGUUGAAAGUGGAUAUCAAUAUCAAAAGAGAGAGAUUACUGAUAUGGGGACUUCAAAAUACCAACUUCAUCCGAAAGCUGAGCAUUUGAGAACAACUGAAGAUGUGUUUACAUCUAGGAUACAAAAUAACAUUCCAGGAUCAGCAGACUUUAGUCUAAGACCUAAUAUGUACCAACCUGUCAGCAACGACAAUUCUCCAGACCCUUUCUUCAAUAAUGGCAGGGAGAUGCCUGGUGCUUUUACCCCUCCAGUUGAUGAUGAUGCUGUAGACUUGCAAUUUUAUACAACUGAUGAGAGAUAUAACCACCCUGUAAUGGUUGAGGGACCUAGCAUCGAGAAUUUUCAAAUAGUUGGCGAGGCCACACCAGGGAGCAAACUUCUUGCAUGCGGAUAUCCUACUCGAGGGACUUCUCUCUGUAUAUUUCAGUGGAUUUGGCAUCUUGAGGAUGGCACAAGGCAGUAUGUUGAAGGAGCUACAAAUCCAGAAUAUGUUGUUGGAGCUGAUGAUGUUGAUAAACUACUUGCUGUUGAGUGCAUACCAAUGGAUGAAAAUGGCCAUCAGGGGGAGCUGGUAAAGCUUUUUGCUAAUGAUCAGCACAAAAUAAAAUGUGAUCCGGACAUGCAACUGGAGAUUGACACGUAUCUUUCGAAGGGUCAAGCCACGUUUACUGUUCUUUUACUGAUUGAUUUGUCUGAAAAUUGGGAGCCAGCAUCUAUUUCUUUGAGGAGAUCUGGUUACCAAAUUAAGAUGGGAAAUACAGAAGUGGUUGUCAUUGCUGAGAAAUAUUCAAGGGAGUUAUCGUUGAAAAUUCCUCCUGGGAUUUCUACACAAUUUGUUUUGACAUGUUCUGAUGGAUCAUCUCUUCCUUUUAAUGCUUAUGAUGUUAGGAUGCGGGAUACACUUGUGUUGACCAUGAGAAUGUUCCAAAGCAAGCAGGCAAUGGAUGAUAGAAGGAAAGGAAAAGCAUAGACCAGAGCCAUUCAAGUAUUGUGUCGAUAUUCAUCAUUCAUUCAUUAUGCAAAGUAGAUGUAAUUGAAAUUGUUUCAUCAUAGUCUGAACUAAUAAAUCAAAUAAAUCCUGAAGGUUCAUUUUGUACCUCUUAACCUCUCAUAGACACAAAUGCAUAUAUAGUCUCUUCCCUGUUAGUUUCUUCCUCAUAAUCAUAUUGAACUUUCUAGUAGAUGAAGGCCUCAAAUUUUAUUUUGGUGUAAUUGUAAUUGGAAGGAAUGAGAAUAACAGUUACAAUAGGACUGUUAUUUACUGUACAAACAUUAUUUAUAGGUACAUGAAAUGAUGAAAUGGCCCUUUUUUUUUUUUA